UUCUGUUUUUUUUAUUUCUUUCAAAAAAAUCUUUCUACUGCUGCUGCGGCUGCUGCUGCAUUCUUAUUCUUUUUCUAUGACGCAUUUAUCGGCACGCCGGAUUCUUGAUCUUCCGGCGAUCGGCCCCUGCGACUCGAUCUCGCUGCCCACGCUUCUCCGCGCACUAAUCCGUGUAUCCGGAGCGAUCAUCGCCCGCCGAUCGGACGCAUUUCCAAUCCACCGCCGCAUAAUUCUCGAGACAAUUCGCGAGGUCGGCGUGCUUCAGGAGUUCUUCGAGGAUGUGGCGGAGCGCGGAACCGCACUUCCGGCUUCCGCCACGGUGGGCUUAUCGGAGCUUUACAUCGCGCUCCACAAGAUCCAAAACCUCAUCUCCGACUGCGCCCGGCGGGGGGCGCGCCUGUGGAUACUUGCGCGGUCCGACCGGGUCUCGUCGGAGUUCCGGCUGCUGAUCAGGUCCAUUUCGGUAGCUCUCGACGUGCUUCCCUUAGACGCCAUCGACGCGGCUCCGGAGAUGAAGGAGCUAAUCUUUCUUUUAUCGGCGCAAGCGCGCAAAGUCGGCGUCGAAGUCGAUCCUGCGGACGACUCCGCAGCUCGGACAGUUCGGUUCGUGCUGGACCAGUUUAAAAGUGGGGCCGCGCCCGACCCGGCCGAUCUGAGCCGGGUGCUGAAGCGAUUGGACGUAAGCACAUGGUCGGAGUGCGACGAGGAGGUGUCGUUCUUAGAAGAGGAGAUGUUCUCAUGCUUACAAGAGGAAAGCAAUGAAGUUGCUAUUUUCGGUACGUUGAUGUCGUUCAUGGUCUAUUGCCGCGUAGUUCUCUUUAUUACCAUCGACGGUGAAGGAGUUGGCCGUGACGAACGUGCGCGCCGAGCGUUCGAUACCAGUUCGCUUAAUCCACAAACACUGGUAUGCCCAAUUUCUCUUGAGAUCAUGAAAGAUCCUGUAACGAUCUCCACUGGUCACACCUACGAUCGUGUGGCGAUUAAGAAAUGGAUCAAAUCCGGUAGCUGCACGUGCCCGAUAACGGGGGAGAAGCUCACUAAUGUCGACUUCGUCCCGAACUCGUCUCUCCGACGUGUUAUCGAGCAAUUCUAUAGCAACAAGGGCGUCGAAAUCUCCGAGUCAAACACGAAGCAUACCUGGAAUAUAGAAAAGACCGCCACGCCGUUUAGUUCGGCUGCGGCCGGAGCGACUAAAAUGGCGGUGGCUUUUCUUAUCGAGAAGCUUGCAAAAGGAGGUGAAGAGGAGGAGAAGAGAAAGGCGGUUUACGAGAUUCGGAAGCUAUCUAAGUUCAAUCUAUUCAACAGAGCUUGUUUGGUCGAAGCCGAUGCGGUUCCGUGGCUUCUUUACCUUCUCUCCUCCUCCUCCUCCUCCGAUGCUUCGACCCAACUCAAUAUCGUUUCCGCAUUGUUGAAUCUUUCGAAGCACCCUAAUGGUCGAAAGGCGGUCUUCGAGGCCGGUGGUGUCGAUCUUAUAAUAGAUAUUAUGCGGGUCGGGCUAAAAGUCGAGGCGCAGAAUAAUGCGGCGGCGAUUCUUUUCUAUCUUUCUUCGGCCGACGAGUAUCGGAAAGAGAUAGGAGAGAUUAGAAGGGCUAUUCCAGCACUGCUGGAGCUGCUACAAGAAGGCUCUUACCGCGGUAAGAAGAAUGCCAUCACUUGUCUCUUUGGAUUACUCCAAUAUCCGGGAAAUCAUCGUAAGAUCGUAGCGGCCGGAGCUAUUCCCGUUCUUACAAAUCUCCUUUCGAGCGAUCACGUUGAUCUUGCGAAUGAUUCCGUCCAAGUCCUCGAAAAGAUUGCCGAGAGGGAUGAAGGAACGGAUGCUAUCAUCGGGUCUGCGGGCAUUGCUAAGAUUGCGGAGAUCCUAAGCUCGACGAGCUCUCGGUCGGGGAAGGAGCAUUGUGUAUCGCUUCUGCUGCAUUUGUGCAGCAACGGCGGAGACAAGGUUGUUAGUGUUAUCGAGAAGAUACCGCCGCUCAUAUCGUCAUUGUAUUCGAUCGUAACGGAGGGAUCCCCUCAGGCCGGCAGGAAGGCCAGGUUGAUUCUCAACCGCAUCCACCGCCGGUCCACGAUUUCGUGAUUCAUACACGGGUCACGUACAGUAGCACGAGUUCGCAGCUCAUCGCGCGAUUUAGUAAUAUUUCAUCGAUUUGUUUUAGAUGAUUAGAGGAUGGAAGCAUUCUUUUGUUCCUUUGAUUUUUUUUUCUUCGUUAAUGUCGUUGUUAUGAUCUCAGAUCGGUUUUUUAUGAGAUCUAGGGAUCAUGGAUUCAUAUGCAUGUAUGUGUAUGUAGAAUUGUGUGCAUAUUGCUAUUCAUUUAUAUGUUGUUUUGAUGCACUGAUGUACAUAAGAUUAGUCUUAUAGAAAGUUUAUUUUUUCUUUUUA